AUGGCUGCUGUUUCUCUCUCAUCAAUACCCCCCGAUCAAACUGUGAUCAAGCUUCCUCAUCCCUAUCACACCGAAUACACCAUCCAAAAAGCCUCGGCCGAGCCAACCGCAGACAACAAUGUUGAACACUAUCGUCUCAACAUCAAGCCCAACGCCUCUUCCGGAAAGAAGCCUCCCGUAGAGCUUCACGCUGCCCACGCCGUCUUUACUGAGCCAAUUGACCUCAAAUCAAGCGAGCUGCCGCCGCAGUCAAAUAACAGCGCCUGGGCACGCGCCAGACGGUCACCAUGCGCAACCGUGUCCUGGGAUACUCUUACAGAGCGUCCUACUUUGGCGCAGGCGUGGCUGAUACUCUAUGUAUUGUUCACCACGCGGCCUUCUACAGAAACACUGAGACUCGAGCUCACGGGCGCAAACGCCAUUGUCUUGGGGCAGCAACUGAAGGACGUUGCUCUCGCCAUUGACCACCCGCUCCGUCCUCAGGAGCAGCCAGGGCCAUCCACAACGACAGAUAGUAUCGUUGUCGUGGCAUUGCGAUCAACGUUCUGGCAGGGCGCUGGGUCUCCUUUCGGCCCUCGACCUGUUUGGUGCCCCGAGGAAUCUCCAUCGGCUCUGCCCUCGUCCAACCCGUUGAACUCGUAUCCCCUCACGCCUCUCCAGCAUACAAUGACGAUAGUUUCGGCCGGCGAUCCUCAAGAUCCUGACCGACGCCAGCAAACGUGGCAUCCGAUCCGCCCUGCCAAGCCAGCUCCUGGCGCCGUCAUCUAUAGCCGAUGGAUCCCCCAUCUGCAAGAGACGUUUUCGAUGGUGUCGCUAGAUUGGCAAGAUGCUGAGCAUUUGAGGCUCUUCCAUGAGUGGCAGAAUGAUCCUCGUGUGUCGCAGGGUUGGAAUGAGACGGGAACCUUGGAGCAACACCGAGAGUAUCUACGAAAGAUGCACGUUGAUCCGCACCAAGUUGCUGUUCUGGCCAAGUGGAACGACGCCUACUUUGCAUACUUUGAGAUUUACUGGGCCAAGGAGGAUCGCCUCGGAAGCUACUACGACGCCGGGGACUUUGAUCGUGGCCGCCACUCCCUCGUUGGCGACGUCCGUUUCCGCGGCCCGCACAGAGUAUCGGCGUGGUGGAGCAGUCUGAUGCAUUACCUCUAUCUGGACGAUCCUCGAACCAUGUAUGUCGUGGGCGAGCCCAAGGACAGCAACUCAACAGUCGUCAUGUACGAUCUCAUCCACGGCUUUGGCCUUGACAAGUUUGUCGACCUGCCGCAUAAGCGCAGUGCUUUUGUGCGCUGCCACAGAGAUCGCUUCUUCCAGCUUUGUCCGUUGGGCGAUAAUGAGAAGGCAGUUGGCGGCAUGAGGAUUGGGCUGGUUCCGAAGCUGUAG